AUGUCCAAGAGGCGGCUAUUUCGUUGGCCUGCCCGCCGCACUGCCGGCCUGGGAUGUCUUGCUCUCCUUGUCACCUCCAUGGUAUCUUGGUAUCUUUACGGUACACGGCCCUAUGAACCCCAACCAGCUCACCAAGAAACCCCCAACAACGACCACGACAUCGUGACGUCCCAACUGGCCCAACUCACCGGUACCUACAGCAAUGCGACGAAUGACAUUGGCUUGCCCCCUGCCCCCCACCUUCUUGUUCCACGCACCAUCCGUGGUCGCGAAGCUGCCGCAUACCUUUCCUUCGUCGUCGACUUCUACCACCAACUUCCGAAGUAUACCAUCUUCAUCCACUCGAACCUCGACCAAUGGCAUAAUGACCUCUUCGGUCCCCAUACCAGCCCCGCGCUGAAAAACCUCCGACUUGAGGCCGUCGACGCGCAGGGUUAUGUGAACCUUCGGUGCGAGCACGAUCCGGGAUGUCCCACGAGCGUGCACCCCUGGAGCCCGACACAGAUCGAUAUCGAGAAGGACGACAUCCGCGCGUUUUUCCCGGAAGUGUACGAGACGAUAUUGGGCGUACCGGCUGAGAAGGUGCCCGAACACAUCGGAAACGUGUGCUGCGGACAGUUCGCCGUCAGCCGCGAACGGAUCCUGGAACGGCCACGUGAGGACUACGAGCGUAUGCUGAAGUGGGCAGAUGAGACGGAGCUGACGGAUAGUUUCGGCGUGGGAUGGGUGUAUGAGAAGAUCUGGCAUAUCAUUUUCGGGAUGGAUCAAUGCCGGUGCGACACGUACGGAUGGUGUGGACCAUUGGCGUCGGGUGAGACACUGCAGGCAGUGCGAGCGAAGAAGUCAUAA